AUGGGCAUCGCAUACGCUGCGACAAACGACCUGAACAACGCAGACGCCCAGCGUGAGAUAUUUCAGAUGACUUUGGAACACGUGCCAAAAAGUCGAUUAGAUUCUCAGAACCGCAUUGUGGACGUACUCAAAGUGGCCAGUUCCAUGUUGAACGGCGAGAUCGAAUACCGGAAACAGAACUAUGAUUUCUCAUUCUUCCCAAUACGGGAAGCUAUCAAGCAUGAAGAAAAUCUGACGUAUAUUGAGCCUUGGGGUUGGAUGCUCCCGGCAAGACAUCCAUGUGGCGCUAUAUCACACAAUUUCAACGCCCACACACGAAAGACCGAGAAAACGCUUGCCGUAUCUGAAGACGACUUCCGUGCCGAUUGCUGGCUGAUUUAA